AUGGGUCCUUCGACAUUAGUUUGCACUUGGAGUGGAUACUAUGUUAAUGGAUACAAUUUCCAAACACAAGGAUCAAGCAAACACAAGUCCACCAUGAAUUAUGGAGUGUGUGUGUCUAAUGACGGAGGGAGUGAUUUCUUUGCGAUUCUAGAUGAUGUUAUAGAAUUGAAGUUUACUGGUGCACUUAGGCAAUAUAACACUAUUUUAUUCAAGUGCAAUUGGAUGGACAAUGUCAGGGGAAUGAACAUCGAUCAAUACAAGCUAGUUGAAGUCAACCAUACCAAGAAAUACCCCAAGUUUGAUCCCUUUGUGCUAUCAUACCAGGUAAUCAUGUCUAAUCCUAAGGGGCGCGGAGGUCGAGAUGGCUUAGGUGGAAGCCAAGGUCGUGGGCAAUUGAUUCGCAAGGAGCUUUUUGAGUCACCAGGAGCUCCAGAAUGCCCGAACCUUGGCUCUGAGACGCAACGAGAUGAUUCAGAGGCACGUGACAUUGGUGACCGCGUACCGGAGACGCCGAGCAGCCAGAGGGAGGAAGCUGAAGGGUCAAACCGUGCAUCAAAAAGGGUUUUGAGCCCUACUGGAUUGUGGUUUGAUGAUAACAAAGUUAGCGGGUCCAUCACUGACAUUUUCCAGGGUCAUUUUCGAGAACCUUGGUUUAACUACGGUGAGGUGGACGAUGCAACAAAGACGCAUUGGUGGAACUCAUUCACGGGUCUUUACGAAUGGGAUCCUGAGUUAGAUGACAAAGUGAGAAAAGCAUACCAGAUGAAAGCUGGAAAUCGUUUGAGAGACUUGCGGUAUUGGGUGCUCAACAAAGCUAAAGAAAGGCCAAAAUGGUUGGGGAAAACCAUUUAUGAAACAAUGAAAAAGAAAAGUCAGGAGCCCGCAUUCCGCGAGAAAUCUGAGAAGGCAAAGAAGAACCGAAGAGGUGGUUCCCUCUCUAAUCCAGUUGAGCCGUCGCACUUUCAGGGUUCCAUCUCGGCGGCACAACAUGCUAAAAAGAUGGCAAAGAGUAGAGGAGGAGUAUUCCCUACCGCCCCCGAGUUGUUCCUGAAGACUCAUUUCAAAACUGUUGCUGGAAAAGGAGAGAUUGCAGCAAACAAGAGAGCAAAACAAAUUUCGGAGACGUACAACAAGAAGCUGGAUGAUUGUAGCACUCAAGGGUCACAGCCAAACCCUGAUUUGUUGUAUUGGGAGACAGUUGGUGGGAGGAACAGAGGAAAAGUGCAGGGGUUAGGUCAGGGAGAUCAUUUGUACUACAACUCUUCAUCUGGGCGAGGAGGAGAUGGCUCUUCACAACCAUAUGAGCCAUCGAUUUUUUCUCAGCUAGAGGCGCAGGUGGAGGCCAAGGUCGCUGCACGGAUGGUAGAAGUGGAGGCAAAGGUUGCAGCACGUCUGGAAGAGUCAAACCGGGCCCUCGUGCAGGAAAUGAUGCGGAACAUGACUAAUUUUGGUCACUUGUUCUCAGGUUGCAACACAGGACCCUCUCCACAACGCAGACCAGAGGAUGUCCCGGGGUUUGGUGGUGGCGGCAACAAUGCUACACAGACACCAACCACAGUGUAG